CGGGGCGGGCCGCGGCGUUUCCGGCGGGUGACCCUGGUGAGUCCUUCUGCCUGACUGCAGCGGAGGCGCAGGGCGAUGGGGCUGCGCAAUAACGUUGUUCACGCUGGAGAGCCCGAGGAGGAGGAGGAGGAAGAGGAGCUGGUGGAUCCUUUAACUACAAUUAGGGAGCACUGUGAGCAGACUGAGAAAUGCGUGAAGGCGCGGGAACGUCUGGAGUUGUGUGAUGCACGGGUGUCCUCAAGGUCCCAUACAGAAGAGCAGUGUACAGAGGAGCUUUUUGAUUUCCUGCAUGCCAGGGACCACUGCGUUGCUCACAAACUCUUCAAUAAACUGAAGUGAACGCUGGAGUAAUUGUCCAUCUACUUCCACAAUCCAACAGGAAAUCCUUUUAGGUUCUUCUUGGAUUCACAGUACUGCCUGCUGCCUAUUUAUUGUGAAUGUGAAAUAUAAAUGAGACAGCUUUCUGGCAGCCUGGCAGUGAUUGAAUGUCAGCAUGUCACUGUGUCUAUUUUCAUGGAAGAUGUGCAGCUACGCAAAGUCCAUGUUAAUGUUCUGUAAUUUUCCAUAUUAAACAUUAAAAGUUCCCAUGGAAAUA